AAUGCUAAUAUGCUGUGAUGGGCAGAGACAACACAUAAUUGCUUCUCCUUUUUAUCCCAAUAAGAAGGAGGCACAAAAGUAAGGGAAAAAGUGGGUGAGUGGUCACAAGAUUUAGGGCGGGCCUUUCUUUUGAAAAACAAAUCCGGAAAUACACUACCCAUUACCCACACCCACCCACGUUCCUAUUAACCAUCCCUCCCUCCUUCCUCUAAAGCUCCUACAGCCCUACAACUUGAUCAAUCUUCCUUCUCUGCAACUCCAAACAGUCCAAAUUCCCUUUUGGAAUUCAGAUUUUCAGUGGAAUUUAAUCAUGAAGUGGGGUACCAAAAAGCAAAAGAAUCCACCUACUUCUUCUUCUUCUUCUUCUUCAAAGCCUUCUCUGAUCUCUCGUGUCUUUCCAAGUUCAUGGCUUUCCAAGUUCAAGCACAAGAGUGGGAAUUCGGAACCGAAACCCAGGAAGGGAAACCGGAAAGGGAAGCAGAAUUCUCCGCCUUUGGAUUUGCCAAGGUGUGGUAGUCAUGGUGGUGGGAGGUUUCAUGGCGUGGAUGAUGACGAGGAUGAUGCGUUUUGGAGGCUGUCUUUUGGGGAAGAUAGUGCUGAAGGGAAGAACGACAGGGGGGUUUUGAGGUCGGUGCGGUACGAUUCGAACGAUGAGUUUGACGUUCGGAAAUCCAUUUGUGGAGGGUUUCAAAAGAGUGGUAGAAAAGUGGAGGGAAGAGAAGGGUCUCAGAAGUUGAUGGGCAUGCAUAAACCUGGGACUGCUAAAGACUCGAAAUGGAUGAAGAACGGAGGAGUUUUCGGAACGGAGGAAUUCGAACGAGAAGCAGUUAAGAAAGAAUACAGAUCAACAGGUUCUGUGAGAAAUGAUGUACUGGAAAUGUUAGCAGCAGUAAAGAAUCAAGAUUUAUCUUCACGGAAUUCGAGAACUUCCGGUCUGGAAACAAUUGAGGAAGAGGCUUUGAACCCGGAGACUGCAGAAGAAAAACAGAGUUCAGAUUGGCAGAGAUUGAAAGAAAGGAAAUUGGAACAGGUGAAGUCGAAGGGCGAGAAACACCGGAAAUCUCUCUACAUAAGCAGGGAAUUGCAGAGGAGAAGGACAAGGAGAAGUUGCAAAGUCAGAGUCUGUUCUCCGCGGACAGCUUCAAGGGUCGAAAUCUGCAAAGUGAAGGCUCUCGACAUGACGAAAGCCAAACUGAAGACUGAAAGUGAGGCUAAGGAGAGAGCGGUACAGCAGGUAAGAACAGGGUUGAACAGCUUUGCAGUGGUGAAGUGCUCGUUCGAACCACAGAAGGACUUCAGAGACUCCAUGGUUGAGAUGAUUGUGGAGAAAAAGAUAACACAGCCGGAGGAUCUGGAAGAGCUCUUGGCUUGUUACCUGACCUUGAAUUCCAACGAAUACCAUGAUCUCAUCAUCAAGGUAUUCCGGCAGGUAUGGUUUGACAUGAACCGGACCUGUUUCGGUACUGAACUACAGAAUGAACAAUAUGGCAGCGACUAAUUUCUCUUUAGCUAAUGAUAGCAAAACUUGUAGCCAAAUUGUAAAAGAGAUAACACUACUACUUUUCUAAUUCUAAUUGCUCUUACUGCUUCAAAAUUUGUGAAAGUUAACUAAGCAAUGCAAAUGUAGAAUUACAAUGUGUGUAAGAUGCACAAAUGUGGGGAAGAUGAAGGUGGUAAAACCCAGUUUCAAUCCUCAAACCCCGCAAAAAUUCAUACGGUUCUUCAAAUCAAAAGUAAAAAUGCUACUUAUCGCGAGGAACCUACAACCACAGAGAACUCAGUCAAAACAGGAGAUGC